GCGUGAAGGGGAGGGGGUGCCUGCUCGGAAGGUGGAGUUCUGUCUCGUGUGUGUUGAGGGAGUCAGCUGAGCGAGGAUCCUGUGGACGGUGCACGUUUGACCACUGAAGACUGCAAUAGGACUUCGGCAACGUUGCAUUUACUGAAUAUUGCAUGUUCUUCAAGCUCACCCGUACUGAAGCGCGUGUUGCUACGUCUCUCCCGUUGUUUUUUCCAACAGACGGAGAGCCCUGGCUCCAAGGUUCUUGUUACACCAAUCAAAAGUGAAUGUGAUACCCAAGAGAGAGAGUUUAUAAAGGGAUAAAAUGGCUUUAGCCGGAUGUCCGGAUUAUUUUCUUCACCACCCAAAUUACCAGGACAAUGUUGACCGGGCUACCCCACACAGAUCACCUGAUCUGAUUGGACCAAAUUUCCAACAGUCGUCCAGUCGGAAUUCUCCUAACCAACAUGAUGACGACGUGGACCUGGAGGCCCUGGUGAACGACAUGAACUCCUCCUUUGAGAGCCUGUACUCCACGUGUGGCGUGGCGGCGGAGUCCGUCCCCCUGAUCCAGAACGGACAGCUUCGCCGCGGGCACACGCACGGCCCCGCCAGCCGGCCGGGCCCCGCCCAGCAGCAGCCCACGUCCCCCAAACAGAAGGUCCGCCGCUCCCAGCCCAUGCACAUCCUCGCCGUCAGGAGACUUCAGGAAGAGGAGCUGCGGACGUCUUCGCUUCCCGCCAUCCCCAACCCCUUCCCCGAGCUCUGCAGUCCUGCCGGCUCGCCCAUCCUCAGCCCCGGAUCCUUACCUCAGUGUCAGCCCUCCGGCACAUACAUUAUCAAGAUUUUUAGCGAAGACGGCACGGGCAAAGUAGUGGAGAUACCCGCAGACAUGACCGCCCGAGACCUCUGCCAGCUGCUGGUGUACAAAAGCCAUUGUGUGGAUGACAACAGCUGGGCACUAGUGGAACAUCACCCACUGCUGGGGCUAGAACGCUGUCUGGAAGAUCACGAGCUGGUGGUCCAUGUUCAAGCUUCGAUGACGAGCGAGAGCAAAUUUCUCUUCAGGAAGAACUAUGCCAAAUAUGAAUUCUUUAGAAAUCCCCUGAACUUCUUCCCUGAACAGAUGGUGGCAUGGUGUCAAGAGACCAAUGGCACCAUUCCACAGUCCCAGCUCCUACAGAAUUUCUUGAAUUCCAGCAGCUGUCCCGAAAUCCAAGGAUUUUUAUACAUGAAAGAGACGGCCAGAAAGUCAUGGAAGAAGCUGUAUAUGUUUUUAAGACGGUCAGGAUUGUACUAUUCAACAAAAGGAAUGUCUAAGGAGCCAAGGCACUUACAGCUACUAGCAGACCUAGAGGAAAGCAAUAUAUUCACAGUAAUCACUGGCAAGAAGCUUCACCAUGCCCCAACAGACUAUGAAUUCUGCAUAAAGCCCAACAAGGUGAGGAACGAGUCGAAGGAGCUGAGGAUGCUGUGUGCGGAGGACGAGCAGAGCCGGACCUGCUGGAUGACUGCGUUCAGACUCCUGAAGUAUGGAAUUUUGUUGUAUCAGAACUACAAGAUCCCCCAACAGAGGAAAACAUCACUCUCACAUUUCUCCACCCCAGUGCGAAGUGUGUCGGAAAACUCUCUGGUGGCCAUGGAUUUCUCAGGGAGAAUAGGGCGUGUGAUCGAGAACCCAGUGGAAGCGCAGAGCGCGGCGAUGGAGGAAGGCCAUAUGUGGAGGAAAAGAGGUCAUCGAAUGAACGUCCUCGGUAGCCCCAAUCCGCUGCACCCAUCAUCACUAAGCACAGUGAUUCACAGAACACAGCUGUGGUUUCACGGUCGGAUCAUGCGAGAGGAGUCCCACAAGAUGAUCAUGCAACAGGGUCAAGUAGAUGGAUUAUUCCUCUUGAGGGAGAGCCAGAGCAACCCGAAGGCAUUUGUCCUCACACUGUGCCAUCACCAGAAAAUCAAGCAUUUCCAGAUCUUACCCUGUGAAGAGGACGGUCAGAUCUUCUUCAGCCUUGACGACGGCGCCACCAAAUUCACUGACCUGAUACACUUGGUGGAGUUCUACCAGCUCAACAGAGGAGUCCUGCCUUGCAAACUGAAACACCCCUGCACAAUCGUGGCCUUGUGACCUUUGACCUGACACUUGACAUGACUUUGCCUAUAAAACAAACGCGCAUAUAAACUGGAUUUGUUUUGUUUAAAACUGAAAACAAAACCUUUGAUCUAUUUAUCGUUUUCCACUCAUAUAAGCUGACGGAGACCCUCACAUUAGAGAGCCUUGGAAUUCUGCCAUGUUUCAGGAAUGCGAAGGACAAAAAGUUCAAAAAGUUUAAAAUAAAAUAAAGAAUCACACGGCAGCCUCGAAAUUCCAUCAAAGUUUCGAUUCUUAGCUGCCCCCUCAUUUUCUGGAGAGGUGAGCGGUGCUUGUUCAAAACUUGGUUUUCUUAACUUUUUUCUUGCACAGUCAUCCAUCCAACUUUUUUUGUAGGCUGGUCUACUUCAAAACAAAAUAACACGAGGUAGAACGAUGAUAGUAAAAUGGUGGAACGCUCAGCAUGGAAUGCUCCUGUUUUACAGCUUUCAGUGCAAGCCUCUUAGCAUUUACUUGGCCACAUGCAUUUCAUUUCUUCUGGUUUUGUCUGUUUCUCUUAGUUUUAGAGUUUUAGGUUUUCAUGCUCCGUUUGGGUUAUCAGUCUCUUUUGAUUGACGAGAGUGCGGCACAAUAUUCACCCUCUCUGCUUCUUCACUCCCCCCUUGAAAAGGCUUCCAUGAGAAAUCCCUCCAUGUUAAUAGGAUUACGGGGAAUCUAUCCGUGAGAAAAUCACGGCUGAGGGCUUUCUUAAGGGAAGGUUCUUGCAGUCACCCAUCACCACGUGCCUGUCUGCGGACACAUUCCCUGGAACCAUCUAGAAUCUCCCAAGCAGAUUCCUCCAAAAUGGCAGUCAAUGCGUUAAGAAGGAUUUAUUUUCAUGCUUUACAUUUGCUUUCGUAUGUUCUCUGCCAUUUUUUUCUUUUUUUUAGGUGCUGAAGUAUUCUUUGUUUGCAUCGUAGAUUAUCUGGGUAAUACUGGUUUCUGUCACCUUUUUUGAGACCAUUCAGUUCUGCAUUGGUUUCUUGACUAAUCUCUCUGGUCCCAUAAUUCCAUGCUAUGCCUGUUGAUCGUCAGGCCAUGACUGAUGACUCCACAUUACUGCUCCAAAUCAAAGAGAAAUAAGGAAGAUAAUUUAAUGAAUGAUGCAAUGUCAUCAUUCACCAUUAUUCAAUGUAUAAGAUGUAUGCACAUUUCUGAUUGGAUAAACAUACGUAGGAUUCCCCAUCAGGAUUCACCAAAUAAGAACCACUAAUCCCCCAGAUCAUGUACGUACAUAUGUGAUUAUUAUCAGUGUCCAUGAAAUGGCACUCCUUUGUGGUCUGUAUGUAGUGUACUUUACAGUGAAACUGGACUUCUGCUUGACUUCCUUGAAUGACUCUUACAUGGAGACUAUUUUACUCUUACUCUUCAUUUUAUUUUGUCAUUAUUUCUGUGUGCGUUUUUAAAAUGGAUGUAUUGAAGAGGAGAAGAGCUUGAGCACAUGCACAGAUGUGGAGCAGAGGGGGUCCUUUUCUGCCUGGCCUCGUUUCUAUGGAGAAUGAAGUUCUCCCAGCUCAUGACGCAUUGCUAGAAAAGAUCCCCGUAUGUAGUGUUUACAGUAUGUUUGAAGCAGGUGAGGGAAAGGCUACAGAAUUGAGAAGCUAGUGAUCAGGACUGCUCGCAAUUGGAGUUUUGCUUAUCUUCAGGGUUGCCUCAGACACUCAAGACACCGUACAGAUACACCUGAAAUAAAUUACUUGAAAUUGUCGUAACAUCUUAUAACCGUAAGAUGCUUCUCACCUUUCCUGAAAUUGGGAGAUUUCUAUACUGAAGCCUUUGUUGGUUUAUUUUUAUAUUUUUUAGGUUUUCAGGUGUAUUCUCUCACCCAAUCCCCCCACAAACUCACACAAGCACGAUGGAAAUCAGUAUGUAUCGAUAUGUACGGAUACUGUUUGACAUCCGUAUAAUGUAAUCCCCUUAUACCAAACAUCUCAGGCACUCUUUAUUUGAGGUUAUGGUUUUGGACUAAUUUUGCCCCAUUCACACCAAUGUAACACAAUAUGCAGGAGAUAUGCAGGCCUCCCCCACCGCUUAUUUAACAGAAACCAUGUCUGACUCUGGUAAGGCAGAUUUAAUGAGAUAUCUUACAGCAUUGAGAACGUAUGGUAAAAUGUAUAAGGGAGUUGUGCAGUGUAGUAGACAAGUGUUACAAGGCAGAGCUGACAGAAGUAAAAUGUUUACAUUUAGGGGGAUGUGAGUACCUUCAUUGUCCUGAUCGAUGCGAGACCAAAAGGACCCCAGUCAUCUGUGCCCUUGUGGCGUUUUGUGGCUCGAGAAGCUAGGGUUUCCAAAUGUUUAGCCCAUAUGCACCCACAUGCACAUACAAUACACCAGUAUGUUACGCUCAUGAUGUAUACAUUUAAAUGCAAUUAAUCUUGUCUCAAGUGAUUACAUGCUAAAACAGAAUGUUACAUCUGGUGUUCACUAAAAGAAUGGGUGUCAAAAUGAGUAAUGGAUGUGAUGUGAUCUGAGCACAUUGUUUAGAGAGAAACCAAUGACCCUCAACUUUGCUUGAUGUUUUUACAAGGCUGCACAAUCUCUCCAACACUAUUUGUUGACUUGCUUUGGUAAGACGAUCCCAUUGGUCAGGAUUCUUUCAGAAAGCUGACCUUAUUGGUCAGAAUUCCUCCCAACAAGUGAUUGAUUUAUUCUGGUCUGCUUAAUUUUGUUCAAUGCAAUUUUCAUAAAAUCUGUACUAUAUCAGUAUGUUAUAUAAGUGCAUGAAACUUUGGAAAAGACGUAGAUGCAACACUGUAUUUUAGGUUUCAGAUCACUAUUUACCGCAGUUUUGGUUUUUGAUCAUUACUGCAUUUAAAAUGAAGAAAACUGAUUUAUUUUAGUGCAUUUUAUAUUAUUUGGUUAAAUGUGCAUAUUGAGUUUAUUAUAUUUGUUCUCUGUUGUUUGUCAGAAAAAAAUUACCUUUUCAAAAUAUGUCUGUAAUGUUUAAAUUAAGCUGAUUUUAGAUCUUCUGGACUGGACUGUUGGCAUGCAUCUUUACAAGUUGUUUCAGAACAUUUAAGCUAAAAUCCAAUUUAUACUCACUGGUUAAAGCAAAAUAAUUAUUUUUAUAUAUGACUUUACUAUUGUCAAAAAUCUUGCCAUCUUGAAAAUAAAAUGGUGGGUUACUUUUAAAAUCAGAAAUUGCAACUGGUCUCACACAAUGUCUUGCUGUCUUGAAAGCAAUUCAUCACCUGUUAGCUCUGAAUUGGCAACAAGUCAGUUACUGAAGGAGAUGUACUUUGUUUUCUAUACAGUAAAAACGGCAUGAAUGUAAUGGGGCUGCUCAGGGUUGGUAACGAAACCUGUUGAUAGCUGGUCUCACGGAUCAAUGAGAUUUUGUUUUUGUUCUUUUUUUGGUUCAUAUGAUCAAUACAUAAUGUGAUCAUUUUUAUUACUGCACCAGGUAGUUAAGCAGGUAUCUUUAGAUUCACCAGUGUUACAAGAGUAAAACCAUGGAUAAAUAGUACAGGUCAUGUUGUUUUCCUUUUGGUUAUAAACAAGCCUAAAAUACAGCAGGUGCCUCAACUUACAACAUGUUCCUCUCUGCACUAACCUACAGUAUAUCUGACAGACCAACGGUCAGACCCUUUCCCAGCGAUGAUUCUUGUGCUUUAUGUAAAUUAUCACAAUGCAAGAGAUAGUGACUGUAAAAGUAAAGUAAAAAAAAAAAAAAAAAUCAGGGAAUGCAAAAAAGUAAAGAUAUCAACUUUUAUCACUUUUUAUGAGAUAAAUCCUGUAUUCAUAAUGUGCUUUGCUUCAUUCUGUAAAUGGCUAAAUGGCUUAUAAAUCUUAAUUGUAACCUUUUCAGGUAUUUUUGUACAAAUAAGGGACUGAUAUAUUCUGUUUAAUGUAAUUAGAAUAAAACAUUAAUACAUUGCUAUAAAUUGAAAGCUGUUUUGGUAAUAUCUUGA